CACUUCCGGCCGCUCUAGCCCAGUUAUCUUGGUGCUACUGGGCUCCUUCCUUGUCUCGCUGGCGGACUCCGUCCCACCUUCCCUUUCCUUCAGCAGGAAGAGUGGCCUUACGGACUCUGAGGUCUCCGAGCACAUCACGUGAAGAUGACCCACUGGUUUCAUAGGAACCCAUUAAAAGCUACAGCUCCUGUGUCCUUCAACUACUAUGGCAUGAUCACUGGGCCUCCUGCUUCAAAGAUUUGCAAUGAUUUGAGAUCCGCCAGGACUCGGCUCCUCGAAUUGUUCACUGAUUUGAGCUGUAAUCCAGAAACGAUGAAGAAUGCCGCAGACCUGUAUUUCUCUCUUUUACAAGGUUUCAUAAAUUCAGUGGGUGACUCCACCCAGGAAAGCAAAUUACGAUACAUUCAGAAUUUCAAGUGGACUGAUACAUUACAAGGACACGUUCCGAGUGCCCAGCAGGAUGCUGUUUUCGAACUGAUUUCCAUGGGAUUUAAUGUAGCGCUGUGGUAUACAAAAUAUGCUUCAAGAUUGGCUGGAAAAGAAAACAUAACAGAAGAUGAAGCAAAAGAAGUUCACCGAAGCCUAAAAAUUGCAGCUGGGAUUUUUAAACAUUUAAAGGAAAGUCAUAUUCCCAAACUUCUGACACCAGCAGAAAAGGGGCGGGAUUUAGAGGCUCGACUCAUCGAUGCGUACGUCAUCCAGUGCCAGGCCGAGGCUCAGGAAGUGACCAUCGCCCGAGCAAUCGAGCUGAAGCACGCUCCGGGGCUGAUUGCGGCGCUCGCAUACGAAACGGCCAGCUUCUACCAGAAAGCAGAUCAUACUUUGUCCAGUUUGGAGCCUGCACACUCUGCUAAGUGGAGAAAAUACCUUCACCUGAAGAUGUGCUUCUACACGGCUUAUGCGUACUGCUACCACGGCCAGACUCUGUUGGCGAGCGAUAAAUGUGGAGAAGCAAUCAGGUCUCUCCAAGAAGCAGAAAAAUUGUACGCAGAGGCAGAAGCCCUGUGCAAAGAGUACGGGGAGACCAAAGGGCCAGGGCCAACGGCCAAGCCAUCGGGACACUUGUUCUUUCGGAAGCUCGGAAGCCUCGUGAAGAACACCCUGGACAAGUGUCAGAGGGAAAAUGGCUUCAUUUACUUUCAAAAAAUUCCAACAGAAGCCCCACAACUGGAACUGAAAGCGAACUAUGGGCUGGUAGAGCCUGUGCCUUUCGAAUUUCCUCCUAUGAGUGCUCUCUGGACAUCAGAAGCCUUGGCUGCAUUUGAUCUCACCAAGAGACCCAAGGAUGACAGUAUCAAACCCAAACCGGAAGAGGAAGUGAAACCUGUAAAAGAACCAGAUAUCAAACCUCAGAAAGACACUGGGUGCUCCAUCUCCUAAGAAUGCCACUCACUUAGAAAUCUCUGCUGGUCCGUAAGAGAAACCUCGGGACUUCAGUUCACCUUUUCGAUUCCUCUGAAGCCCAUUGGAUGAUUGUCAGCUUCAGAGGGACUUGGCCUUUAGUUUAUUUAUUCUUGGUUUUUAACAUAGAGGCAUUUCAUGCUUUUGUUUUGGGUUCUGCUUUACAAUGAGGACAUUUGGAAGGGUUGGUUUUUAUGCCUCUAACGAGCAUCUAUGGGGGUGGGGGGUGGACCUUUUUUGAACUCUAGAUAGUAAGUUUCAUGUUAAUGUUUUUCUACUUUCACAAAAACGUUUAUUCUUGCUUGAUACCAGAAGAAUGCUUUGAAAAGAGAUGAGUUCGCCUCUCCUCACCAACUUGUCAGAUCUGACUCUAGCUCAGUCUUCUGUUAGGGAAACCGAAUCGCAGUUAAAUCAGAAAACCUCAGUCCAAAUUCUUUCCUUAUACUUAACCAGAGUCUGUAAUUACUAGGAAUCAGUGUCUUCAAGAACGUGUAAGGCUCUUGGAAAUCGGCAGUAUGGGCCUGUGCCCCAGCCCUGCUUCCCAGCUUAGUGCCAUGCUGUUCCUGCCACCCUCGGUACUGAGACAGUGGUUUGUUUUGGUUUUUAUUAGCACCUUUUCUAAUGGAUUUUUUACUUAGGGGUAAAGCUUUGUACUAGCCUUUAGAGUGCUUCUGUGUAGAGAGAGAAAAAGAAUGGAUGUGUGUUUUAAAGAAGUAAAAUGUUGCAUGUUGUAAAGAAAGCCUUUGCAAACUCAACCAAGACAGGUUGUCCUGGAUCACACUGGUAAUUCCUUUGUUAGAAGUGUUUAAGAAAAUGCCUUUUGUUACCUGAUUUUGGUGUACAUUGUGUUUUUAACAUGGUUUUCUUCCAUAUGUAUCCUAUCAGAAUUGUUUGGCAUUAGGCCAAAGGCCAUAGCAACAGAAGGUUAGGAUACAGACACCCAAACUAUGAUCUUUAAAGUGGGUUGUAUCACUUAAAGGACUUGGUUAUAUCCAUAAACUGGGAAUGGUGGCUGUGUGAUACUUCAUCGAGUAACAGAUGUGGGUGUGUCCUACUUGGUUACUCUCCUGGGGUGUUAACUUCCUUUUCUAGGUGACAGAUUUCUUCACAUAGUAGGAAUAAUAAUGUAUGAGAGAACUUACUGUGUGCCAGGCCGUGUGUAGGCACACACACAGACCGCUGCACCCCCUUAGCAGCCCUGUGAGAACACAUCGGUCUGCAUAAAGCACUGAAACAGGAAUAUGCAUCUCGUGAUGAUCGAUCAGAUUAUGCCUAUCAAUCAAGAUAAAUCAAUAAAUCAUAUACCAUAGUUUAUAUGCCUUUGAAAAGCUACAUAUAAUCACUAAGGGUUUUUUCUUAAUAAGUUAAAAUGUUAGUUACAGCCUGCAGUGUCUAACAUUUGAGGCUGCAGCUUUCAGAACACUUGGAGUAACUACUGAAUGGGCAUUGAGCUUUCUUUUGCUGCCUAUAGGAAAACAGUACCUUAUUAAGUUUUACCCUUCCUAUAGUCACUUGUUAAAUGGCAGUUACUGACAGAACUUUAACUAGUACUUGCUGCUGCCUGUCUACGCUCUCCCUGCCUAAAGGACCUGUUCCCGUGCACUAAUCCUCAUUAACCUAGGUAGUCGCAGUGUGGUUUCUGUGGACUAAACUGCCAUUCAUGAAAUGGAAACACAUACUGUGUCCAGCGCUUCUGUAAGGGGCAGUAAAUGCCGGUGUUAAAACCCAUACUUGGCAGUGUUCACAUGAUCACAUGAGCAGUCACAGUUGACUGCAGAAGUAACACCAGAAGCCUAUCCCGUAACGUGAGGUUUGGAAGAGGUACCGGGAGUCUGGGGAGGAGCACUGCACGAAGACUGUGGAGAGAUGAGACUGGACAUUGACGAUGCAUGUAUUUCAGACCAGGCAAGGAUAGCUCACAUGCUACUUCUGUACAGUGUUUAUAUGAUUUAUCUUUUUAUUUAUGAUAAUAAAUUUUACUUACAUAAUCACUGGA